CUUUACUAUUUAAUGUGUGGGCGCCAGGUUUAGACCGCACCAUUAUACUAAAAGUAUUUGCAUUGAACAGUUCGGCUUAGAUGAACAGAAUCGAAGGUUGGCAUUGAUUGGAAGAGGUGGAGGACGAAGGCCGGUGGCAAUGGCAUCUUCUGCCAAUUGACUAGAACUUCAAGAAAUGGCUGAGGUAUCUGGUCAGAAAACCAAACAACCUGAAACAAGAGAAACACAAAUUCAACCGCCUAUGGCAUCGACAUCUUUUGAUAUACCAGAGCGUCAAGAAAUGGCUCAGGUAUAUUGUCAGAAACCCAAACAACCUCAAGCAUCAGAAAGACUAAUUCAACGGUAUUUUAAACCGACAUUUGUUUCGGAUAUACUCUCAAACAAACCUGCCGUAGAUGGUUUUACCAACAAAAGUAAAAAAUCUGAUAAGAAAUGGAUAGAGGAAAACAUUAAACUAAGAAAUUCUAAAGAUGAGGAGCCAUCAAAACCCUGUGAUGCAUUUGGUACAGUAAACUUUGUAGAACAUUAUCCGAAAACUGCAACGUUUGUUCGUGUGGAUCACCAAGCCUCUAUGGAGAUUAUGAUGUGUUUGAUAAAAUCUACAUGGAAUAUUCGUUUACCAAGUUUGCUUAUUUCUGUGAUUGGAGGAAGAGAAGACAUUCAGUUGAACCCACAUACUGAAGCUGUUGGGCGUGGUUUAUACAAAGCUGCAAGAACCAUAGAUGCUUGGAUCAUAACUGAAGGCUUACAUACUGGAGUUGCGAAAUAUAUUGGGGAAGUUAUGCAUAAUAAGGAAAAUAAAGUGGAUGCCAUGAAUGAAGUGACAACUCUUGGUAUUGCACCAUGGAACUGUGUACUGGAGGAAAUAUCCCUAGUGAAUAAGCAGGGAUCGUGGCCUGCACACUAUUUCACAGAAACUAAUUCUAAAAAAGAAAAGUAUGCAUUGGAUCCUAAUCAUUCACAUUUUAUCCUUGUUGAUGAUGGUACCAAAGACAAUUUUGGAGAAAUAAUUGAAUUCAGAAAAAAGUUAGAACAUACUAUUUCACAAGAGAAAAUCCCAGAGACUGGAUUCAAGGUUCCAGCUGUUGCAGUAAUGGUUGGAGGUGAACUGGAAACUCUGAAGUCAGUCUCUGACUCAAUAUCACGCAACAUCCCAGUUGUAAUAGUAAAGGGAACUGGUCAAGCAGCAGACGUUAUGGCAUAUGCUUAUGAAAGAGUAUUUGGAAAACGAAAGGAAAUUAUGGAUUUCGGAUCACUACAAAAACUGAAAACUGAUAUCAGAAAAAAAAUUACUGAAGAAUUUGAGGGUUGGAAUAUAAAGCAGGUAAAUAACACAGGUGACUGGGUGCUGAGUUCCCUAAGACGACCAAACUUGCUAACUGUUUGUGAUAUAAAUUCAGAUGAAGACUUUGGUGUAGCAAUCUUAAAGGCUGUAUUCAAAACAAAGAUCAAAUCCAGAAAUUUGAAGCUUACAUUCAAAUGGGAAAGACUUGAUAAUGCACUGAAUAAAUUAUUUAUAGAAGGGACUUCCUGGCAAAUUAACAAGUUGGAUAAUGUUAUGUUAUUUGCACUAAAAGAAGGAAAGAGUGAUAUUGUGGAACUUUUUCUGGAAUAUAAAAUUAACUUGAAAGAAUUGUUAACUGAAACACAUAUUAACACCUUAUUCGAUAUGCUAAAUACAUACCUAACAGAUACUUGUGAAGAAUUUUUAAAUAAAUUCUUGAAAAACAUCCAUCAAGAAGAAGUAAAAUUUUGCUUUGAAACAAAAUUGUUCCUAUGGGCAUUAUUUUUGAACAGAAAAGAAAUGGCUUCUCUAUUUUGGAAAGAAGGCAUGGGCGCUUUAUCAUCUGCUCUAAUUGCGAAUAAUUUGCUCAAAUCACUGAAAGGGAAGUGUAAAGAAUAUGGCACAAGUACGCAACUUCAAGAACAGGCUGAUAAUUAUGAAAAUCAUGCCAUUGGAAUUUUGGAUGAAUGCUUGUAUACAGAUGAAAAACAGACAUUAGAUUUACUACUACUACAGCAGAAAAUGUGGAACAAUUCUUCAAAUAUGCAAAUAGCAUUUGAUCUUAACAAUGAGAAAUUUAUGGCUCAUGAUGCCUGUCAGUCUGUUUUGACCAAAAUUUGGAUGAAACAAAUAAAUAAAACGAACAGCAUUUGGAAGUUGCUGCUCUGUAUAUUGUGUCCAUUGUUUCUAUUUCUGAUAAAGUUUGAUUCCGAGGAACAGAACUCGGAUAUGGAACCAAAAGAAACAUGUUGUUCGAAGCCUCAUGGAAUCUAUGGGAUCAGAAAAUGUAUGAAGUUCUAUAAUACUCCUGUCAUAAAGUUUUGGAUCAGUUUGAUAUUUUACGUAAUUUUCCUUGGCAUCUAUAGCUAUGUGUUACUUGUUGAGCUGAAACCGCAGAGGUCUUUUCUAGAAUGGCUUCUUAUUAUGUGGGUGAUUGGAAUAUUUACAGAAGAAAUACACCAGAUUUUAGUCAGAGACUUCGUGUUAACAAAACGUUCUCUGUCAAUUAGGUCAAAAUUCAAGAAGUACAUCCAUAGUGCUUGGAACAUUAACGAUGUUAUAACUAUUGUAUUGUUCAUCCUUGGAUACAUUCUUCGAUCGCUGGAUGUGGCGGAGACUGCGAGAGUGAUAUUCUGUUUAAAUUUGAUCUCUUUUUACAUCCGGUUUCUUCAUAUGUUCUCAAUUGACAAAAAUCUUGGACCAAAACUUGUAAUGAUUAAGGAAAUGAUGCGAGACCUUGGAUAUUUUGCCAUGAUUAUGUUUAUUUUCAUGACUGCCUUUGGCAUUGCUACCCAAUCAAUUCUCAAUCCAAGUACACCGGCUUCAUUUGACUUGUUUAAAGAAGUAUUUAGAAAAGCAUAUUUUCUUAUAUAUGCAGAAUUUUUUCUUGAAGAAUAUGACGGAAAUCCCAAUUGUAAGGAAAACAACAGCACAUGUCCCACUGAAAUCACUACUUAUAGCGCAAUAAUUUUGAUGUGUAUAUAUGUUUUACUAACAAAUAUUUUACUUCUCAAUCUAUUAAUUGCCAUGUUUAGUUCUACUUAUGAAAAAGUUCAGAAAAAAAGUCAUCUCCACUGGUCCUUCCAAAGAUAUGACAUUAUCAAUGAGUUUUCUAUCCGCCCUCCUUUGCCUCCUCCAUUUAUAAUACUCAGUAACAUCUACCAAUUUUGUCGUUAUCUGUAUCAAAAGACAAAAGAUCAGGGGCCUGGAAUAAAAUACGUAUUUUCACAUAAAUAUGACCAUGGUGAUGCAAGCAAAUUACUUGAGUGGGAGCAUAAGAUGGUUCAGUCUUACCUCUCAAGGCAGCAUAAACCUGACAGUAAUGACAAGGAUUUAAUUAACCAAUUAAAAUCGAAGGUAGAAGAAUUACAGCACAAUGUAGAUGAAAAGAUGGAAAAUAUUGAUACAUCUCUAGCAUGGAUAAAAGAGAAUCUCAUGAAAACAAAGCCAUAAGGAGAUUGUUCCUGGAGAAGACUUACCUGAAUCUGAUAAAACAUUUUCUUCCUAAAAUAUUGAUAAUUCCCUCGACUACAUACAACCAUAUAACCAUAUAACUAACAUUUAUUACACUUAAAGUAUCAGCUAGUUGAAAAUAAUAACAAACCAUUGUGACAUACAAAUGAAUUCUAAAAUAAAAACUUUAAGGUAUAAACCAAAUAUUUUGGUCCUGUAAAUAAUCCAGAAUUUUAACAUAAUAUAUUAACAUAAAUUUGCUUAGAAUCUGGUAAAUGCAAGAAUCUGAAGUACAAAAUAUAAAGAUAACACUUUCAUAUUAGGAACAGAGUCUAACCAAAUUAUUGAGAAUUCCCUCUAUCUACUGUAUGCAACCAUAUAACUAUAUAAUUAACAUUUACUACUCUUAAAGUCUCAAUUACUUACUAAAUCAUAAUAAGCCAUAGACAACGGCAACACUAACCUCAGGAAUGGAUGUUGUUGUUGUUGUUGUUAAUGGUUUUGGGACAGAAAUAAUCUUACAAAAUAAGAAUAAAUUCUAAAAUUGUGCCAACCCAACCAAUGUUUUAAUGUAAUGUAUUAAAUGUAUUUUACUAACAGUCAAGUAAAUCUAAGAACUUGAAGUAUGAAAUAGAGAUAUGAUACUUCCAAAUAAGUGUUGGAGAAUAGGAAUUACUGAAUUUAAAUCGACCAGUGGAUGAACUGCUGCAAAGGGAAAUGACAGGAACAUCACAAUAUAUAACAGAUAACAGAUAUUUCACUCUAUGUUUGUUACAGGUUCUAAAAUGUUAACAAUAUUCAGAAUUCUUAAUUUACUUUUAUUCUCCUGAAAUAUUAACAACAUUCAGAAUUCUUAAUUUACUUUUAUUCUCCUGAAAUAUUAACAACAUUCAGAAUUCUUAAUUUACUUUUAUUCUAUUAGCAAUAUUCAGAAAACUUUUCAUUUUUAUUGCCCCAAAAUAUUAACAAUUUUCCAAAAACUUGUUACUUUUAUACUUCUAAAAUAUCAAAUAAU